AUGCUUCAAGCUUUUCCUUCGAAUGGAGACUGCCAGGAUUCUGUCCGUCAGGUCGACUUGCAGGAUACCCCGUCAUCCCUUCCUAGCUAUACACAGCAGCAGCAGCAGCAACAGCCAGAAGUCAUGACGGACUCUCCUCCUCCUCAAUAUCACCCUCCUGGUGCCGAGCAAACACACUCCAACGACAUGGAAGUAGACAGUGUUGGGAGUGAAAGCCGCUCUAGACGGGCUACUAGCGUUAUUUCUAUGGAUGAUAUUGAAGCUGCUCAGGCCCUCGAAGGGCUACGCUCAGAAUACACCCAUACUCCUGUCCCGACACGCGCUUCAAACGACUCUACAUCCUCUACCACGCAGACCUCUGAGAUGAGAGAACAGGAACCCCUCUUGUCACUGAUCACAUCCCAUCCGUUACUAUCUUCCGCCAUCAAUAGUUCCAUGUCCGUCUACACAUCGUCCAAAACAUACUCUCCCAAGUUCAAGUACGGUGCCGAGUUCCUUGAACGCAAUAUCGGCCCUCGUGUUGUGAACACAGUAGGAUCGGUUGGUAGACGAACCGGAGUCGAAGGCGGAAUCAGAUGGGCUCUACAACGCAGGGAGAGCGUUACGGCCAACCCAAACUCCAAUUCAAAUCAUGACCAGGCCGUGGAGACUGCAGAUAUCGAGAAAGGCAUGAAUGACCUCCACACUAAUCACACGAGGCGGUCGUCCACCCUUUCCUCUGAACCCUUGCCCCCAUACGACAACGUUUCUUCCCCUAAAUACGACGAGUUGUACAAGGGAAGCCAACAGCCCCAGAAUUCACAAGACCGAUACUCCUGGCAAAAUCGACUUAUGAUCUCCACCUCGGGCCUCGGAGUAGCGAUGAGCGAGGAGUCGUUGCGAAGUUUGACUUACUGUCUCACCUGGCUACAGUGGGCAAACACUCGCAUUGGGACGUCUGUAGACGGCCUAAAAGAGGCACUAAAGGAGUGGGACUCCUCAAGUCAGUCAGGCACAGAUACCAAGGCGAACAACGAGGGCAACCAGCGGAGCCCUGCAGUGCUCUUGCUACAAAUCCAGCAGGUCAAAGGCGAUGUCCUGCAAACUCUAAAGAUGGUCGUUGAUGUGGUUUCAAAGUACGCUGGCGGAGCACUGCCAGAGAAUGCUCGCAACCUUGUUCGAAGGCACCUCACAUCUUUACCCCAACGAUUCCGCCUGGCGUUCAACUCAAACGUACCAGCAGACGAUUCUGCGCCUGAGUCUGACAUGAGAACAAGAGCUUUCCGCGUUCUAGUGCUAGCUGAAGAAGGCCUCGAUAUGAUGGGUCAGGUCAGCAAAGUCGUGAACGACACACUGGUCAGCGCCGAAAACUGGUGUGAGACACUACGGCGACCAAAGCCUUCUGCCAACAAUAAUCCAUCAUACCAACAUAAUAUGCCGCAACCACCUCCAUUUGAGGAUAGCUUGGAUCAAAAGCUUCCCAUCCCUAUGCCAGAUCAAAAAGAUGACGUUGAGAUGGAUGGGAUGGAUGAAAAGUCGUGA